UUGUGGGGUUUCUGCUCAGAAAAUUUACUGUGGAGAGGAUAAAAGACACAAACCUGCUAAGGUUAGCACAGUUUAUAAUUGUAAUGGAAGAUUCAGUAAUGCAGCAGCACCUGCACCACUACAAACAUGCCACAGAGUCUGCUAGAGAGGAGCUAGCAGCACUCCAGGCUAAAUAUCAAAGUCUACACUCACAGUUGCUGGAUUGUCGGUCCAAGCUUUCAUCUCAGGAGACUACUGUGAAAGACUUGAGAGAGGCAACUGACAGGCACAAGGAGACAGAAGCCAGACAGACAUCUCUUAUCACUUCCCUCAGGGAGCGUAUUCACAACACAGAACAAGAAAUGAUCUCCAUUGUCUCCUCUAAAAACAUCACAGAUAUCAAAUUACAAGCACUUACCAAAGAGAAUGUAGAGUUGAAGGAAAAAUUAUUACAAAUGGAGACUCAGUCCAAGGAAUAUCUGAAAGAGUGGAACAAUACAAAAAAAGAAGCUGCUGAAUUGCAGAGGAAAUGUGAGGAAUUUUUAUCCAGACUAGCCAGCAAGCUUUCUGUUGAUUUAGCUGGGAAUGAUAACCCUAUGGAGACAGUUGUCUCUUUGGUGGACCUGUGCUGCAAAGAGAGAGAUAGACAGAAGACUCAGAUAUGUAGCCUAGAGGAGAGUGUGAAAUCCCAUGAGGUGGAGAGUAAAGCCAGCAGGGAAACAGUUCGAAGACUAGUGGCUGAUGUGGACCAUGAACAGAAAGCCUCAGCUGUCAGAGCAAGUGACCUGAACUCUGUUAGACAGGAACUUAAUUGCAUACUGGAUGAGAAACAGGGCUUGGAAUUAGACAAUAAGAGCCUGAGAAACAAGCUGCAGGAAAGUGAACGUGCCCUUGUUGCUGCUAGGGAGGAGUGUAGCUCUUAUGAGAAGCGCACUCAGGAUCUGGAGCAAAGACUCGCAAGAAGACAAAAUGAUGCACAGGCACUACAAAUGCGCAUGGAGUCCUUUUUCAAAGAAGUGCAAAAUCUGCUUGGAAAUGAGCAUGUCAUUUCUCUGCCUAAAGAAGAACAUGUUCUGGAGAGGCUUAGAGAAGUCUGCAGGAGAGAGAAGAGCAGCACUGAGUCUGUUACUGGGAUGGAGGCCAGACUGGCUGCAGUGUUACAGGAACUUGGCAGGCAGUCAGAGCUGCACAGAGCAGCGAUGCAGAGGGAGCAGCAGCUCCAGAACAAAAUGCAAACACUGGAGUCAGAGCUGUUCACCGCAGGAGUGAGCAAAGAUGAGCAGAGUCAUGAAAAACAACAAUAUUUGCAGUUUCUGGAGCAUCUUUCAGAGAAAAUGAAAAUUGAGCACAUAACCACAGAUCUGGGAUUUGACAUGCGACUUGAGGCUAUACUGACACGUGCAGAACAGCUGACUAGACAGGAGGGAAUUGCUUUAGUGGAAACAAAGAGUCUGGUUUACAGUCUUCAGAAAAAGUUCAAGGAGCAGAAGCAGCAUUUAGAGAGUAAGAACCUACACAUGGAUCUGCUGCGGAGGAAAGUGGCCCAGCUGGAUGAAGAGAAGAGAAGUCGUUCUGCUCUGGCUGUGGAAAGGGAUGAUGCUACACUGCAAAGCAGGAAACUGCAGAAGAAAGUGGAGCGGCUACAGGCUGAGCUUAAUGCCAUGCGGCUCUCCACCACUGACCUGAAGGCUCAGCUCUCUCACACCAAUGAACUCAAGAUCAGAGUGAUGGAACAGAACAAAACCAUUGAAGAUCAGACUAAGAGUAUGGAAAAACUGGAGAAGAACAAGGUGAAAGUGGAGAAGAAACUUUCAACAGUGAAGACAGAGCUCCAGAAUCAGGAGUACAGAGCCAGGGAUGAACUACAGCAAGCACAGAAGCUGCUCCAUAGCCAAGCCAGUGCCAUGGCAGAGCUCGCCCACAGGGAGAAGAAGCUGCUGGAUUUCUGUACUGUCAUUGCUCAGAUGUUAGGGGUAACAAUGCCAGCCUCCAUUCCCAGUUGUGAGGUUAUCAAGAGGCUGGAGGUUCUUAUUCAUUCAGGUCAUCACUUCCCCCUGGCCAACCAAUGUGUAGUUCCACAUUAUCAGCACCACAUGGCGCUGGUCCCAGAUGCCUCUGCAUGCUCUAUUAUUACAGCAGGCACUCCAGGGUCUGAAGUACCAGUGCAGCCUCUAUUGCCCACUACAACUACAACCUGAGCAGCAAUACACCAUAUAU